AUGGCUACUACUCCUCAAGCAGAGGUGGGAGUGCCAUUGAAACUUGUGGUGAACAAAGAGACGAACAAAGUGUUAUUUGCGGAAGCUAGAAAAGACUUUGUAGAUGUCUUAUUUAGCUUUUUAACGCUGCCUUUAGGAACCAUUGCCAGACUCGUAGGAAAUGAGUCCAACAUUGGACCAGUCAAAAUAGGUUCUCUGAAUUCUCUCUAUCACAGUGUGGCAGCUCUUGACGACAACUGUUUGACCGCACAGGCAUAUAAGGAAAGGCUAUUGCGUCCAUGGAACAUGGCCGAAGAUUUUUGCAACACUCUUAAGCUUAACAUUGAUGACACUCCGCUAAAACAAUACUUUGUCUGUAACAACUUUUGUGCCCAUACUUGCAGUGCCAUUAUGCGUUGCACAUCAAAUUCUGUUUGUAGCUGCGGCAGAGCUGUCAACCAGACAGUUUUCUUGAAAAGUUCAGCCAAUGGAUUUGUCAAUGAUGAUGCCAUAUUUGUCAUCACCGAUGAUCUCAUUGUAAUGCCAAACUCUAUGGAUUAUUUGAGCUUUGCACUAGUCUUGAAGUUGGGAAUAAAAUUUCCCAGUUCACUGAAGGAAAUUACAGUGAAUGUCACCACCAAAAAGGUAGUGGAUUUGUUGAAGUGUUCUAUGCUUUCCAAAUCAUGUUUGACAGAUUUGUUUCUAGAAAAGAAACCAGUCAUUCAGAAGCCAACGUUUGUCUCAUGUAGUGUUGAGAACAACAGUAACAUCAAUAUCAAAUUGAAGUUAGUUAUAAGAAAAUCAGAUGGCAAAAUUUUGUAUGCUCUAGGGGAGAAAGAUUUUGCAGACAUGCUUUUAAGUUUUCUGAACUUUGCGUUGGGAGGAGUUAUACAAAAGUUGGGAGGAAAUUGUUCUGUGGGCAGCAUCGAUGGAUUAUACGAGAGCGUAACUGAUAUGAGUGAAAACUUAUAUUUCAUGUCAAAAGUAGCGAAGAGCAGGCUUGUUGAUCCUCACUUGCUCCCAUUGUUCAAAUCUAGCGCGCAGAUUUUAGCCACUGUUAAUGAAGAGGAUCUAAAAUAUUUGUUAUAUUAUAGUAAUAAGGAAGCGAAAUUUCUUGUUCAGUUUUUAAGAAGCUGUGAGGGCGUGCCUGAUGGUGGAAAUUAUCUUGGAUUAAUGCCGCUGACUGAUUCUGAAUCAGCAACAGAAAGUAUUGUGAAGGGAUCAAGAAUGUUCGUUGUUACAGAUGAUUUGGUGGUAGCACCGUCAUCACCUAUUUCAGAUUUAAAUAUAAUCAUCCGUUUGAAUACUUCUUUCCUUGAUCUGAAAGAGAAGGAUGUUACCAUUGGACUCAUGGAGUGUCUGAAUAUAUUGAAAGCAUCUUUGACAUCAACUUCUGCCCUCACAGUUGGCCUCGGUCACUUGAUAUCUGAAGUAAAGGAAGGAAAAUGA